AUGCCUCCAGAAGAUUCUGGUGUUACAAAGUCUUCCUCCACAAUUGAAGAUUUGGAACAGAUGGACACGGAGAAUCAGUUCUGCAGUCCAACUGAAAUGGAGACAGUUGUCAACAGUGAGAGGUGUCAGAAACAUAGCCUGGUGUGUGCAACUGUCUCCCCCUUGGACAAGUGUCUCCAGUGUGUGGGACCUGUGUCCUCCCUCAAGUGGCUUGGCUAUAAAUGCAGAGACCCCCCACAAGAGAAUGUUUGUAAGGUGGAGGAGGACGGGGUUUUCAGUGACCAGCACCUGGAUAACCUGGAGAGGAGCUGCAGCCCGGACCAGGAGGAACCAGGGCAUCCACAGACUACAGAACUGGAGGAAGACUCCAGCGGUCAGGAGAUGAAGCAUGAGGACGUAGAGGUGGAUGUCUCAUUGGUCAAUGUCGCUGAUGUGAAAGUUGAAAAUGGUGAACCAGGACCAAACUGUGGCCAGCUGCUGUUGCACACUUCUCCUGAAGCUCAAAACAAAGAUGAGGAAGGGACUGAAAGUUUACGCUCAGACUCCAGUAAAACUGCAGAUCCGGAGCCAAUGAGACGACACGGUGACCACGAAGAUGCUGCUGUCCCGUCAGACAGCAACUGUAAACCAAAGCUGACCAGGACCCACACGGGGAAGAAGGUAUUUUCUUGCAGCACUUGCAGGAAACAGUUCAGUAAAGGUUGUAAUUUAAUGGAUCACGUGAAGAUCCACACUGGCGAAAGGCCAUACCUGUGCAACACCUGCGGAAAAACCUUUACUACAUUAUCAAAUCUUAAACGGCACAUAACCACACACACGGGCGAGAAGCCCUACAUGUGCAAAACAUGUGGAAAAAGUUACACAGAUCGUUCCGGCCUGCUGGUUCACUCGAGGACCCACACCGGCGAAAAGCCAUACCUGUGCAACACUUGCAGCAAAACCUUUACUAAAUCAUCACAUCUUAAAAGCCACAUAUACACGCACACGGGCGAGAAGCCCUACAUCUGCAAAACAUGUGGAAAAAGUUACACAGAACGUUCAACCCUGGUGAUUCACUCGAGGAUCCACACGGGCGAAAGGCCGUACCUGUGCAACACCUGCAACAAAACCUUUACUCAAUUAUCAUCUCUUAAACAGCACAUAACCACGCACAUGGACGAGAAGCCUGAUGCUGCUGCUCCAGCAGACACACCAUAA